CGAAACCCACUUCACAAGCCACCCACAUCAUAUUACCCCAGGUCCAUUCCAAGGGCUUGUCGGUCCAAUUUUGUUUAUUACGUCGUCCUCCCCCCUUUCCUUUCCUCCCUUCCUCUUGGACUGGGUGGUCUUAGUCCAAUUGUCUUGCCUAGACAUCAUCAUAUUCCAGUAAACAGGCCUGUUGUUCCACCCAUCCCUUGACUCUCCGCGUUACUACUUGUCCCGACCACCAUGGCUUCCAAAGAGUGGCCCAGCACGUUUGGGCCUACCGAGGAGCGUCCGACCUACAGUUCCGAGGAGACUGUGGGCAAUGCUGCUAUGGGUGCCAUCGACCCUACUAUCGCUGGCAGAACGGCUGAAAAGGAGAGGAUCAAGGCCGAGACGGGCAAACGUGAGCUCAAGGAAGAGGACUGUGAGGGCGAACUCGGAUUCUCUUUCCCCAAGUGGAAGAAGUGGUGGAUUCUCACCGUCAUCUUCCUGGUCCAAACUUCGAUGAACUUUAACACAUCGCUUUACUCCAAUGGCCUGAAGGGAAUCGCAGAGGAAUUCAACGUAAGCGAGCAGGCUGCCCGUCUUGGUGCCGCCAUCUUCCUCGUCACCUAUGCCUUUGGCUGUGAAUUAUGGGCUCCAUGGUCUGAAGAGAUUGGCCGUAAACCGGUUUUGCAGGCUUCUCUGUUUUUCGUCAACAUUUUCACCCUACCUGUCGCUCUAGCUCCCAACUUCGGCUGCUUGCUAGCAGGCAGGGCCCUUGGUGGUCUCGCCACUGCCGGAGGAAGUGUGACGCUUGGUAUGGUAGCUGACAUGUUCGAGAGUGACAGACAGCAGUAUGCUGUGGCCUAUAUCGUCUUUUCGUCCGUCGGUGGAUCUAUUCUUGGCCCAAUUGUCGGUGGUUUCGUCGAAUACUUCGUGCCAGUCCACGAAGCCUGGAAGUGGUGCACCUGGAUUCAGCUGAUCUUCGGCGGCACCGUGCAGCUACUUCACUUGUUCACCGUACCAGAGACCCGUACCACCAUUAUGAUGAACAACAUCGCCAAGAAGCGCAGAAAGACAGGGGUAGAUACUAACAUCUGGGGCCCCGACGAGAUAGAAUCUUUCUGGGCACGAUUCACGUUCAAUGAGCUGAUCCACACGUGGCUACGCCCCUUCCGAAUGUUCCUUACCGAACCCAUUGUCCUUUCGCUAUCGCUGCUCUCAGGAUUCUCGGAUGCUUUAAUCUUCAUGCAGAUCCAGUCUCUUGCACUCGUCUACAACCAAUGGGGUUUCAAUGCCUACGAGAUCGGGCUCGCAUUUGUUCCCAUUGGCGUCGGCUAUAUCCUUGCUUGGCUUCUUUUCCUGCCCGCCUUCAAGCGAAACCAACGCCGUCGUGAGAAGUACCCCGAAGACGAGCAUGUCCAGUACGAAUCUCGAAUGUCUUUGCUUCUCUGGUUAGCUCCUUGCCUACCCAUCGGUCUCAUUAUAUUCGCCUGGACAAGCAGCGGCCCGCCGCUCCACUGGAUUGGCACCAUGUUUGGAACCUGCAUCAUCGGUAUUGCUAACUACGCAAUUUACAUGGCGACUAUUGAUUACAUGAUCUGUGCGUACGGUCCGUAUUCAGCCUCGGCAACGGGUGGAAAUGGUUGGGCUCGUGACUUUUUGGCUGGUGUGCUCACCAUUCCGGCAACUCCCUUUUACACCAACAUCGGUGCUGAAAAGGGAAAGAACUUGGAGUAUGCCUCGACUAUUCUAUUCUGUAUCGCAUUCGUCCUAGUGAUCGCCGUAUACGUCGUGUACUGGAAGGGCCCAGUGCUCCGAAAACGGUCACCUUUUGCGCAAAGUCUAGCCCAGGGUAACGCAGACCUUGGUGGUGCCCAUCUUCAUCGCACAUCGACAGCAGGAGAUCGACCAGCAACAGCCCACACCCACUCCCGACCCACCACUGCUCCAACCCCAACAGCCGAAAUGAUGCAAAAGCGUCCCGGUGAUCGUAUAUCGGCGUCUCGUCACAACUCGUACUACUCUAGCCAACAAGCUGCGAGUCGUCGCCAGAGUCGACAGGCUAGCCGAAAUGCUAGUAGACGGAAUAGUAUCGAUCGUACUCGUAAGUCACUGGAAGAAGCGAGUGACAGCGAGGAAGGUAUCUCCCACCAUCAUCUGCAUCAUCGCCUGCAGAACUUGAACACAAUUGCCUCGAUGCCCAUACCGGCGUCUCCCACUCCAACACACCAACAACCUAAAUAAGCGGAUGUUGUUUUGACCGAUCUGACCGAAGCAUAUUUUUUGCUAUUGCUGCUCAGAGGAAACAGGUAAUCCCUUGGGGAAGGAACUUUGCUCGUUGCUGCCACUGCUGCUGAUCGACGGCUGAGGGGGUCAAUAUCCUACUUGUAUAUAUAUACCAUGAAGCAUAAACAUAAAAUCAUACAUCAGCGAGGCGAAUCAAGGAGGCG